CAAAAUCAGAUGUUUGUUCUUGAGUGGCAAUCAGAUGGAUUUGGGUUUUUUUUUUUUCCUCUGUCUUCUUUAAACUGGUACAUCUGGAUGAACUCAGGCUUGUGUAUCUUGGCAUCUGGGCCUGUCUAGUAAUACAAGACAAACUGUUUGACAUGUUUUGGCUGCCUUUUUGGACCCAUUUUACCUUACCCUUCUCUUUACACUUGAAGGGCUGGUCAGGAGGAAGAAAGCAAGUAUUAAAGACAGUGUUUACAAUUUGUGGUUUAAAGUCAGGUGAGAGAUAAUUAUGGCCUUUGAAGCUGAUGACCUGAGGACCAUCAUUUGAUGACUUGGGGAUGAGCAGUUUGGAGGUGACAUGUUUGAAAGAAAAGAGAGUUACAUAAGGAGGGAAAGACAGAGAAAAGGAAGUUUGGGAAAAGGCUGUGCCAGAAAACCUUGGGAGGAUAAUGAAUAAAUAGCACCUUAAAGUAAUUGAUGUGGCUUGUAUCUCUCAGCAGGAGGGUGAAAAUGAAAGCAGGCUGUAGCAUCGUGGAAAAGCCAGAAGGAGGUGGAGGGUAUCAGUUUCCUGACUGGGCCUAUAAAACAGAGUCGUCCCCGGGCUCCCGGCAGAUCCAGCUGUGGCACUUCAUCCUGGAGCUGCUGCAGAAGGAGGAGUUCCGCCAUGUCAUCGCCUGGCAGCAGGGAGAGUACGGGGAAUUUGUCAUCAAGGAUCCAGAUGAGGUGGCCCGCCUCUGGGGCCGCAGGAAGUGCAAACCACAGAUGAAUUAUGACAAGCUGAGCCGGGCCCUCAGAUAUUAUUACAACAAGAGGAUCCUUCACAAAACAAAAGGGAAAAGGUUCACUUACAAAUUUAACUUCAGCAAGCUGGUGAUGCCCAACUACCCCUUCAUCAACAUUCGGUCCAGUGGUGUGGUUCCCCAGAGUGCGCCACCAGUGCCAACAGCUUCUUCCCGGUUCCAUUUCCCACCUUUGGACACCCAUUCUCCAACGAGUGAUGUGCAGCCAGGGCGCUUCUCUGCCAGCUCGCUGGCUGCCUCUGGCCAGGAGUCAAGCAAUGGCACCGAUAGAAAGGUGGAGCUUUCCGAGCUGGAGGAUGGCUCAGCCGCUGACUGGCGCCGGGGCGUGGAUCUCAUGUCCUCCCGGAAUGCCGUCGGUGGAGGGAUUGGCCAUCAGAAACGCAAGCCUGACAUCAUGCUUCCUCUCUUCACUAGGCCAGGGAUGUACCCUGACCCACAUAGUCCCUUCACCGUCUCUCCGCUCCCUGGCCGUGGAGGCGUCCUUAAUGUCCCCAUUUCACCAGCCCUCUCCCUGACUCCCACCAUCUUCUCCUACAGCCCAUCGCCAGGCCUGAGCCCCUUCACCAGCAGCAGCUGCUUCUCCUUCAACCCUGAGGAAAUGAAACACUACCUUCAUUCUCAAGCCUGUUCUGUGUUCAACUACCAUCUGAGUCCGCGGACAUUUCCUCGCUACCCAGGGCUCAUGGUUCCGCCGCUGCAGUGCCAAAUGCAUCCUGAGGAGUCCACCCAGUUUUCCAUCAAGCUACAGCCCCCGCCCGUUGGGCGGAAGAACCGGGAGAGGGUAGAGAGCAGCGAGGAAGCAGCACCGGUCACUGCUCCCACUUUGGCUCCUGUGCCCCCGAGGAUUAAGGUGGAGCCAGCCUCUGAAAAGGAUCCUGAGCGUCUCAGGAAGGCAGCACGCGAGGAGGAGGGGCGCUCUCAGGAGGAGGGCGCUGUGCCAGGCAGGACCACAGAAGAGGAAAAAGGCACCGUCUUUGCCCGCCCAGCAGCGCCACCUGUCUGGCCCUCCGUACCUGUUAGCAUCCCAGGUGAAGAACCCCUAGACGUGACUGAAGACAGUGAGGACAGGCCUGGCAAAGAGCCCAGUGCACCUGAGAAGAAAGAAGAUGCCCUGAUGCCCCCCAAGCUCCGGUUGAAGCGGCGCUGGAAUGAUGACCCAGAAGCCCGGGAGCUGAGUAAGAAUGGCAAGUUCCUCUGGAGUGGGUCAGGACCCCGGGGCUUGGCAGCGGCCGCUGCUGACGCUUAGAACUGGAAGUGAAUCGGGAGCUGUUUAUACUAUAAUCAAACACACACGUGUAUUUAUGUAGCAAGAUUUCAGGGUGGGGGGUGGGGAGGGAAUUAGACUGGUUUGAUCAUUCUAGGGGCAUAGACUUGUAUUUUUAUGUUUUGGGGAUAGGAUGGGAUGUCUUCUGUUGUAAAUUAGGUGGGAUGUGAACACUUUUUUUUCCUGGUGAGUAGGACACGGAAAGGGUAUUGAACUGAGAGGAGAAAGCGCCUCUGUUCCCUGUUGAGGCUCACACUUUCUGACAAACUCCCAGAGGGCCAAGAUGCUGUUUGGUCCCGUGAUAGUUCAGGUUCCAGACGUCUUUCUUUCCUGUUGUAUUUAUGUAUGGAAAGCCAUUAAUGAAUUUAUUUUGCUCUGCAAGAUACACAUAAAAGGGGAGGGGGCGUGGUGGGUAGGUUGAGCAGUGAGAGACUAUUAAGUAUUUUGCCUGAAAUGUUUCUUUAUAAUUAUUUCAGGGGAGGAAUAAGAUAAAUCUCAGUCUUACUGGGGCAGGGGGAUGUUCAGAUGUUGCUCUUUUUCUUUUUUCCUUUGCCGUCGUUGUUUGGUUUUUGUUUUGUUUUGUUUUGUUUUUCCUUUUCAUAAAAUGUUUUCAGGAAACAUGAAAUGUACUGCCAGCUAGAGUGGGGCUGGGAGAGCACAGGCGCCGGGCCGCCGCGGCGUGGUUGGGACAGGAAGCCCUGCUGUGAAUUUCUUGGACUUUUCACCUACUUCACCUAUUAAGAAGCCAUGAGGAGUUGUAAACUCUUGUUCAGGGAAGAAAGAAGAGGGCAGGAGGAAGUAGCCCAAUGCCUUUAAAGACAAAAACACAGAAAUGAUCUUCACUUUUCCUUUUCCAUCGUGGGUUUGGGGAGCCAAACCAAAGUGUGACGGUGAGCGAGUUCACUGAGAGACGUGACAGAGUUGAAGAUGUCUUUCCGUUGUGUCUGGUUCCCUUAUCGUUUUCUUAAGUCAAGCCUUAACAAUGAACAUACUUCAGCGUGAUACGGGUCUGUCAACCACACCUGUAAAAGGGCACGGACAACUUUUCAGAUAAUCCAGGAAUGUCGGAAAAUGGUUAAAUUUUAAGCUGGUAUUGAAUCAUCCCCCCUUGAUGUUACUGGGGUGAGGAGUAAAAAAAAAAAAAAAAAAAGGACAGGAUUGUUGGGAGUUAAGGGCAAAUGAUACCUGGAAGUGCAGAAGGUAGCUGGGGGUACAAGUGGAUGUUUAUUGAGACUGAAGGAAGAGAUGGACAGGAGACAGCCAGACAGAUGCCAAGAGGCCUGGUAGGAGUGAAAGUGCGUGUCUGUCCUGCUGCGGUGUUGCCAUUCUUGCCGUGUCCCUUCCCCUAGAUUGUUCUGGUUCUCAUGAUCAAUUGACCGUCCUACAUGAGACUCCAGGAAUUGUUUCUUCAUGGGAAAUUCUCUUCCAUCAACUUCAAAGGAAUGGGGAAAUAUGGAUCUUAUAUGACUCUAAAGGGGCCUGGACUGGGAGCAGAGAGAAAGAAGCCACAGCCAACUGUGUGUGUGUACAUGGAAGUACACAGUGUACAGAAGUACCGAGCUGUGGCUCAGACCUGCAGGGCAGCAGGGAGAGAGGUAACUCAAUGUCUGAUAAGGGCAAGGAGUGGGCACAGGGAUGCUGUCUAAGAACUGGAGAAAUCCCUGACUCCAUCUUAGCCUAAGUGAACUCCAUAUGCUAUAAGCAUUUGAGAAUUGUCUUUUAAUGGUGGGGGUGGGAUCCUUUUUAAACUGGAGUGCAUGCAUGAGAGAAGGGCUCAGGAAAGGUUAGAGCAGGUGAGUGAGUCAUUGGAUGGCUUAAGAUGACUUGAGUCCAUCCUGCUAUUUUUUGGCAACUGUCCUCCCCCUUGUUUGAUUUAAAUUCCAUGAGUGACUAGUCUUUUCCUGGGAAAGGGAUUGGGAGAGUGGUCCCUAACAACUCAGGCUUUGGUCAGACUGCCUUUGGUUGGCUGUGUUUUUGUCGGUUUCUUUCUCUGUACCUCGACUUACCUCGAAUCAGAAAGCAAACCCGGGCAUGUGGAAGAGGUAUCUCUGCUUGGCAUUGCCCAAUCUAACCAGGGAGGCUGGCUGCCCACCCUCUCUGUCCACUGGAGGAGAGGGCCGGCAGGGGUCAGUAUGAACUCAGGAAUAGAAACAUGAGGCCUUUUAAAAUAAGAGGGAGAAAAAUCUGUGAUGCAUACCUGUAACCCCCUAGAACCCAAGUGCCAGAAUUAAUUCCUAGAUGCUGCUUCUGUGUGAACAAAGUCACUGCUUUUACACUUGAAAAGACACACUCAGAAAAUGUUCAACUCCAUGAAAAAUGUUUUUGGCUUUAAGAAAUCAUUUGGUGUUUUAACUGUUUCCUUUGAUUGCCAUUCCAUCAGUAAAUUGUUGACUGAUUUGCACUGCACACUGGGGCUGGGGUUGGGAGAGGCCUAUACAGAGCCGAUCUUGGGGUUGCCCAGGAAAUGGACCAGGGAAUGUGAAGGUCAUUGGUAUUUCUUGGGGUAAAUGUGUGGGAGGUAGUUCUCCCCCCAGCCCACUCUGGGCAGCACCUGUCACCAGCCUGGCACAAAGCCAGGCCUUUCUCUUCUGUGAGCAUCUCAUCACUGUCCAACAGCAGUUGGAAAAUGGUGGACAACACCAGACCUAUUUUCCCUCCCCAUUUUUUCCAACUUUUGCUGUGCCAAAUGUUUAAAACUUUGCAAAUACAAAUCUUAAAAUUUUAUUAAUCAAGAACUUGUUCGUGAACUUGUUUGCUUUUUUGACAAUAAAGGAGAAAAUAGUAGAAAUCUCUUAAA